AUAGGGUCGUGGGUUCAUUGCCAAGGCCAUUCAGCGAGCACCGGCGUGGGACGUUCAUUCGAAAAGCUCUGUUAGAGAAGGAAAUAUCUCGUGACAACUGUCAAAAUGAGUGAAUACCACAGACCAGAUGCCAAGAAAAUACAAGCUUUAAAGGACAUCGCCAAUAAACUGAGGAUAAGCAGCAUCCUUGCAACAAAUGAGAGCAAGUCAGGUCACCCGACGUCAUGCUGCUCCAUGGCCGAGAUCAUGUCGGUGUUAUUCUUCAACACCAUGCGCUACACCACUGAGGAGCCACGGAGUGCCUCGGCUGACAGAUUUGUCCUCUCCAAGGGCCACGCUGCUCCUAUACUGUAUGCUGCCUGGGCCGAGGCGGGGCUUUUCCCAGAGGCCGACCUUUUGAACCUCCGCAAACUCAGCUCGGAUCUGGAAGGGCAUCCAACCCCUAGACUGAACUUCAUUGAUGUAGCUACAGGCUCACUAGGUCAAGGUCUGAGCGUGGCAGCAGGCAUGGCGUACACGGCCAAACAUUUCGAUAAAGCUGACAAGCACUACCGGACAUUCUGUCUAAUAGGUGAUGGGGAGAGUGCAGAGGGCUCUAUCUGGGAGGCUAUUGCGUUCGCCAGCCACUACAAGCUCGACAAUCUUGUCUGCAUCUUCGACAUCAACCGACUGGGCCAGAGCGAGCCCACUAGCCUGGGACAUGACACAGAUAUAUACAAGAGGCGCAUGGAAGCUUUCGGAUGGAACACAACCGUUGUUGACGGUCAUGAUGUAGAGGCUCUAAGCAAGGUGUUCUUCAAUGCUGGUACAGUCAAGGGCCAACCAACCUGUAUCAUCGCUAAGACAUUCAAGGGGAAGGGCUGUCCUGGUAUCGAGGACAUGGAAAACUGGCAUGGUAAAGCCCUUGGUGCCAAGGGAGACGAGUGUAUAGAGGCCAUCAAGGCCGUCAUGUCAAACAACGGUCCUUUCGGCCUCAAGCCUUCAGCCCCCACCAUGAUCGUGCCAGAUGUGGACAUCACCAACGUGAAACUUGGCGAGGCACCCAAAUACAAGAAGGACGAACAGAUUGCUACCCGUGUUGCGUAUGGCAGUGCCUUGCUGAAGUUAGGGAAGGCCAACAACAGAGUUGUUGCCCUUGAUGGUGAUAUGAAGAACUCAACAUAUUCCAACAAGUUCCAGGCUGCUUUCCCAGAACGCUUCAUCGAGUGUUUUAUUGCUGAGCAGAACAUGGUUGGUGUCGGAAUUGGCUGUGCAACUCGGGAUCGCACCAUCGUGUUCAUGAGCACCUUCUCCGCCUUCUUCACUCGCGCCUUUGAUCAGAUCAGAAUCGGCGCCAUCUCGCAGACCAAUGCCAACUUUGUAGGAUCUCACGCUGGCGUGUCCAUUGGUGAGGACGGUCCUUCCCAGAUGGCGCUAGAGGACCUUGCGAUGUUCCGUACCAUCCCCGGGUCGACUGUGUUCUACCCCAGUGAUGCAGUGUCAGCCGAGCGAGCCGUGGAGCUUGCUGCCAACACCAAGGGAAUCUGCUUCAUCCGGGUCUCUCGCCCCAACACUCCCAUUCUCUAUGAGUGCAAUGAGAAAUUCCAAAUUGGGAAAGCAAAGAUUGUGCGCCAGAGUGAUAGCGAUGUUGUGACAAUCGUAGCAUCAUGUGUGACACUUGUGGAGGCGUUAAAGGCUGCAGACACUCUCGCAUCCAGUGGCGUGAAUGUCAGGGUCAUCGAUCCCUUCACUAUCAAACCCAUUGACGCUGCCACCAUCAUCAGCAGCGCUAGGAAGACAAAUGGUCGCAUCAUCACUGUGGAGGACCACUAUCCUGAAGGAGGAAUAGGGGAGGCUGUGCAGAGUGCGGUCAGCAUGGAAAAGGACAUCAUCGUGAAACGACUAGCAGUCCAGGAGGUCCCACGCAGCGGUAAACCAGCUGAACUCAUUGAGAAGUAUGGAAUCAGUGCCAACUGUAUCGUCAAGGCUGUCAACCAGAUUAUGUCUCAGUGAGCUCGACAACUGCCACUGUACAGAACAAAGGAAAGAUUCCGUUGUGUUUCCUUUGAAAGGAAACAGGCCACCAUUGUAAACUGCAUUUAGGAAAUCAUUAAGAGGGGGAAAUAUGUUUUGUUAAUGUUUCUGUUAUGAACAGUUGUUUGUGCAUUUGUCAAGUGAUUAUGGAUGAUCUUGAAUAUUCACAUGGGCAUUUCAUUGUGGAUAGUAUGUUGUGUCAGUGUGUUAGCACAAGAAUGAUAUCACUUUGUUGUAUUGUAAGGUCCUUGUUAAGGGAUGUGUUUGUCACAGCUCCAGUGCUUGUUGAUCAACUGUUACAGCGUGUGCAGUUUGCCAUACAUUGUUGAGCCUUGUUUUAGUACAGAGAACAUGAACCAAUGACUACAUACAGUGAGGUGUGAAAUAAAAAUAUAGGGAAAUGUUUAUAGUUUUAUUUUAUAUAUAUAUAGCUUUUUACUGUUGCAAGAAAUUUAAUCAAGACUAACAAAGUAUAUGACUCUUCUGAACUUCUAUUUCUAAUUGAACAUUUACUGUGCUAGUUGCUAACUUUUGUUUUUUACAAGUCUACAUCAGUCUGCUUGCUACCCCUUUAGUAAAUGUCUUUAGUAGGGGAUAGGCCUUGUACACCAGGGGGCACCUGUGAACUUCAGCAUAAUUACAGCCUUGAUAUAUUGCCUUAAGUUUCAUCUUUGAAAUAAAAAUGGAUUAUGAA